AUGUCCAGUAUUUUGCAACCUGUAGAUGUAAACGUAGGUUUAUCGCCUGUACGUAAAAGAGCAAGAUAUGAUGAUACAGUCAAUGAAUUUAAUAAACAUGAGAGGUGGAGUUUUCACAAAAACGAAGUGGUUUUACACGAAACUUUUGAUCAUGGAGUUGGUCGUUUGGAUUGUGAUACUGAAGAAAUAUAUACUGAUGAUGAUACAAUAUUUAAUAGAAACAUUCCUGGAAGUAUAGACAUUUCAUGUGCUUCUAUGACCCCAAACACUAGGGAGAAACAGCUCUCACUAUUGGAAUCAACUUUACCAAAAGAAUCUUUAGACAAAUUAACUUUAGGUGAAUGGGACAAUGUAUUAUGUGAGAAAAUUGUUAUAAAACCAACAGAUAAGACAAAUCAUUUUGACUUAUUAGCAGACGAAAUAAUACUUAAUAUUCUAAGGUGGCUACCAAAGACGUGUUUACCGGAAAUAGCCUUAGUGUGUAAAAGAUUUAGUAGACUCAUCCAAGAUGAGUCGCUUUGGACUAGAAUGGACGUUUCUGGGAAAAAUUUGAGCCCGGGCCGAUUCGGAAAAAUUUUGAGCAACCAAGUGAUUAUUCUCAGGGCAUCAGCUGCAGUGAUACAUUCCCCUAUACUCGUUCCCAAUAUAAAGGCAGCUUUAUCCGACUUCACAGCAAGACUGUUGUAUUUAGACCUAGGUAUGUCGUAUAUAACGUGCGAAAGCCUCGUUAUAAUAUUCAAUAAAUGUAGACGUCUUAAGAAACUCAAUUUAGAACAUGUAGAAGUGAACGAUGACGUUCUUAUAGCAUUGUCGGCAAAUAAGGACAUAGAGGUGUUAAAUUUAUCAAUGUCUCUGGGAAUAGAAGAAGAUGGACUUAAAUAUUUACUGACAAAUUGUAGAAAAAUUAGGGAGCUAAAUAUUGCGUGGACGGACUUAUCACAUAGCUGUGUGAAAUAUAUUAGCAAAAAUCUACCGUCUUCGAUGGAUAGGCUCAAUUUUUCUGGCUGCAAACGAAAUUUGACUGAUCAAAACGUAACAGACAUUGUUAUGUGUUGCCCAAGACUUAGAGAAUUAGACUUAUCAGACUGUACGAGUAUAACAGGACACUCAGUUAAGCAGUUUCUACAAUUAGACGAAUUAAAUUUUCUGGCGCUUUCACGAUGUUAUCAAAUUACAUAUACUGCUUUAUUCCACUUAAAAAAGUUGCACAGCCUUUCCUACCUCGACAUCCACGGCGGCUACAACGCCCUAGACGAACUUAAGGCCAUACAAGAUACUUUAGGCGCGAGAGUACAAAUCAACAAAUUCAAAUUUAGCUCCGUAGCCAGGCCCACCGUGGGGAUGAGAAGAUCUAGCAUUUGGAAUAUGCGCGUCCGGGACUGA